GGUGUCAUCUCCGCCCGGUGUAUUCCGAUUCCGGAGAGCAGUUUAGAUUAAAUCGCUGGAUUUCGCCUGUCACAGUCCCGAACACGGUCCAGUUCCAGGAAAAUGUCACAUUCGCUAGCCACGGUGGUGCCACUAACGAUGCUGGCGGUUCUGUUUCUGCUGUUGCAGCCCGAAAUCGAUGCAACCGCACAAACCCAUGCUCCGAAGAUCCAUUCCGCGAGGGAACUGACCACGUUCGCCGCCAAACUGAACCGACAGAUGCAAGGAGUCGAAAAAUUUAUCCAUCAGCAGAAGACAAAAGAAGCAAACCUUAAACAGGCCUACCGGAAGUACUCCGCUCGGACGGCACGACACGGUUGGAAUUCGCGUCAGAACCAACGCGCGGACGCGGCCCGGAUUCAGCGGGAGGCCAUCAAACUACGCGCCCUGUCCGAAAGAUUCAACCAGCAAUUCAGGAAUCAAUUCGCAAAGCAAGUAAAUUUCGUUCAGAACGAAGGAAGAAGAUACGCAGGCCGAAACGAGGAGAUCCCCGUGCAAGUUACGCGCACCGUGAACAUGUACAAUCGGCUCGUUGAGUUGCUCGUGAAUUUAAUCACCUGUCCGAGAGACAUCAUCAAUGAGCUGUACGGUGAUGACAUGAUGUUCGAAGAGACAACGACACUACAACCAUCCGAAUCCGAAGACUCGGAUCAGAAUAAUCCAGAUGAAGAAGAUGGUGAGAAUGGCGAGGAUGCUAGCUCCGAUACAGUCCCGUACGGAUCGGACUACAAGUGAGCAAUGUUAAUCCGGUGGAGGAAUUGAAAACAUAAUAUCGGGAGCUCAUUGCUUGAUAAAUAUAAAUAAUCUUCAAUCUAUUAGCUGUAAUUCGGUAAUAAAAACUAGUUAAAAAUGAA